CGCGGUGAGGAGCACAGCAUCUUCCUCCUCCUCCUCAUUCACUCACUCACACUCUCUCUCUCCUCAUUGCCAUAACAACGGAUGCAGCGCAUCAGUCCGCGCGGGUUUAACAUUCAUCAGCCGCGCGCGGCGGAAUAAACACGCACCGGUGCCGUUAAGACACCGCAAAGGUGAAACACGCACGCACGCGACACUCUGAACUAUUUCCUUCAAACCGUUUAAGCUGCCCGAGGGAGACGAGCGCACUGGGGAGAUCCUCACCGGGGUUGUUCGGGAACGUUUCAACCGGGGAAGGCGAGAGAAGAAAGAGCAGGAAGUGCAGCGUGGGAAAGCGGAGAAAAUCCCCGGGGAUCUCCAGCUCACUUCUCCAUCUACGGUCCUCCCCGAAUUUUGAACCAUGGCUCGGGAGAACGGAGAGGCCGGCGGAAAUUGCUCGUGGAAGAAGCAGGUCGAUGAUAUCAAGGAGAUGUUUGAAUUCAAAGAGGUGCUCGGGACGGGUGCGUUCUCAGAGGUGGUCCUGGCGGAGGAGAGGUCCACGGGAAAGAUGUUCGCUGUGAAGUGCAUCCCUAAAAAAGCGCUUAAGGGGAAGGAGAACAGCAUCGAAAAUGAGAUUGCUGUUCUACGCAAAAUCAAGCAUGAAAACAUAGUGGCACUGGAAGACAUCUAUGAAAGCUCCAAUCACCUUUACCUUAUAAUGCAGCUUGUGUCUGGAGGCGAGCUGUUCGACCGGAUCGUGGAGAAAGGUUUCUACACCGAGAAAGACGCCAGUACGCUCAUCAGACAAGUACUAGAUGCUGUAAACUACCUCCAUAGUAUGGGCAUCGUACACAGAGAUCUCAAGCCUGAGAAUCUGCUCUAUUUCAACCCUCAAGACGGCUCAAAGAUCAUGAUCAGUGAUUUCGGCCUGUCUAAGAUGGAGGGGACGGGUGAUGUCAUGUCCACAGCAUGUGGAACGCCAGGAUACGUGGCACCAGAAGUUCUCGCUCAGAAGCCGUACAGUAAAGCUGUGGACUGCUGGUCUAUCGGAGUCAUUGCCUAUAUCCUACUGUGUGGUUACCCUCCCUUUUAUGACGAGAAUGACUCCAAACUCUUUGAGCAGAUCCUGAAAGCGGACUAUGAGUUUGAUGCACCGUACUGGGAUGAUAUUUCUGAUUCAGCAAAAGACUUCAUCAGUUGUUUGAUGGAAAAGGACCCCUCAAAGCGAUACACAUGUGAUCAGGCCCUUCGACAUCCCUGGAUCGCAGGAGACACCGCGCUCUGCAAGAACAUCCAUGAGUCCGUCAGUCGACAAAUGCGCAAAAACUUUGCAAAAAGCAAAUGGAGACAAGCCUUCAACGCCACGGCUGUGGUUCGCCACAUGAGGAGACUCCAGUUGGGCAGUAGUAUGGGGAGCAGCAUGGACCAAUCGAGCUCCGCCAACCAGAACCGCACACUGAACGCGAGCCAGACUCCAACUCUACCGCCCAACACUACACCCAACUCCACUCCGGCACUUACCCAAAACCACAAACCUGCUGCCAACCCAAAUGCCGUUCUUAUUAACGAUAUGGCCACAGGAAACACCUCUAUAACACGCAAAGACUGUACGCCCCCUCCCCACGCUUCCUGUUCUCUGGCAUCAGCUGCUUCCUCCUCUUCCUCGGGGGCGGAGCCCUGCAGGCCCCUCCCUCCCUCCGUUGCGUCGGUGACCACAGUGCUAACUGGGACCAAGUGACGCCAGGUUCUGCGGGGAGAGAGCUGGGAGGCCACUGCCCUGUGAGUCCUGCCCCUCAGCCCGCUCCCCGCCCUGCCGUCCUGUAAGGCAGAGGACUGAACCAUCGCCAUAGCAUCACUGCGCGCGCGCCUAAUCCACUCCUGCCAUUUAACCUCCAGGCCACUAGAGGGUGCAAUGCAUGCAGCGGCAGGAGACAGAGAUUUCCAGCAGAUGGCUUCCAUUUUGAGAAGUGAAUUCGUGCGGCUGGACAGAACUGUGAUGUCUUUGCUAUGAAUGUGCUACGAACCUCGUCAGCCAUGUAACCUUUGGGGGAAAAAACGAACGAACGAGUGAAAAGAGCGCAGAGGUUCAGGUGCGAAAGUGUGUGCAUGAUCGUGUCGGUCCUUAUAAGAGGACGGCGCCAAUGUCAAACGAUUCUUCUUACUAUAUCGUAACAUGUCUAGCUCUUCCCUCUUUCCCUCUUUUUCCCUAUCUACUCACGAUUUCUUGUAUUCCUUCCUAGCCACCAUUCUGAUCUUUCGUGGGUUUUUCACUGAUGUGUCAUGCUGACCUGCAGGAGUGCUUUUAAUAUAACGUUAAGACUGUUUCUGAGUCGAGACUUCUGUUUGCACAUAAGAGAGAACAUUUAUUGGCGCUUUACAGUGUUUUACAAACGCAAAGCUGGGAGAUUAUCGAUUUGAGACCUCACAGUUGGGUUUUAGCAUCACGAAGUUCAAGAUAUCUGAUAAAACAUUCAAGAUGUUUGAUUGUUAUCUUACUUAACUGGACUUUUUUUGUUUUAACGCAGAGAAAAAGCAGCUUGUUCCUGUUUCUAUCUGCUUUGAAUACACACACAGUAAGUGUUAGGUAUUGAAUAUAGUAUAACUGUUACUCAACACAAACACACAAAUCUCCCGAAAAGCCAUGGCAGCGUCUUUCUACGCCCAGUGUACGAGUUCUCAGGGAAUUCCGCAGCUGCGCUGGGCAUCAUAGUGAUGGGAAUUAUACUAAACGCCUCCAUGGUUUGAGCUUGUCUCAUCCAGACUGAAUAAUGUCAGAAAUGUAGUUUAGGAUGAUAGACAGCUGUUUAACUCGUGCAUACGAUUGUAUGACAAUUUGACCAUGCUGUAAAACUGACAUGUUAUGCUACAUUUAUGCUGUAUCAGAAUUAGCCUACCACAAUUAAAAACAUUAGCAAAUUCCUAAUAGAGUGCAACAGCCGGGUACCGGACGGAGAAAUGUCAUUGAUUUCCAUAGGGAAAUAGAUUUUUAAAUCCAAGGUUGUUAAUGCUGUAUAAUGUGUAAUGCCUUCAGUCUUUAUUAUAUUUCUACUUCAUUUUUUAAAUAAUCGUGUUUAACAGCGGAAUUCCUGGUGAAAAACUACAUUACCCAUGAUAUAGCAAAAAAAAAGAAAAACGAUGAUAUAGCCAGACAAUAAUUGUGAGCAUAUUUUGUAAUAAACAUAUACACAAUCAACAUCUUUAUAUCAAUCAUUUUAUAUUUAUUUGUUGUUUUUGCUUUGAUUGUCAUAUACAAUGCUUCAUGGGAUUUGUAGUUCUUUCUCUGAGACAACCUUGAACUUUUUUUUUCCUCAAUCCUGUUUUUUUGCUUAUUUUUGUUCGUUUGUAAUGUUGUGAUUGACCUUGUAACUGGUUGAUUUGGCUCAUGGCUUAUAACUAUUAAAUUUAGACUUUUUAAAAAUCCCUAUGAAAAAAAAUUAAAGAGAGAGCAUGCACUGUUGCACUCUAUUACACUUUGGAAACGAAUUAAAGGCGAGACCGAUUUUUUGUUUUUGUCCGACAAAUGAUUGGAAACCCGUUUGAAUCCGGUCACUAUUUUUGCAACGUUUUAUUUAGAUACUGCCAAUAUUUGUAGUUAAUUUGUAAUUUUAUCAAAGACAGUGUAUCAUGGUGUGCUUUCGCUCUUCCUGAAUUCGCGAGAGGUGAAUUAAGGUUUCUAUGAAGUAUUUUGCCUUCACCAUCAACAAAAAAAAGCAUAUAUCCAUUUGGCGUAAUGAAAGGUUAAUGUUUUUUAGUCAUUUUUGGAUCGGUAAUUCUGAGACAGUAUGAACGCAGCAUUACUUUAAUGGAAUGGAAGCCAACGAGGACUUUCAAGUGCGAUUCAAAAUGGCUGAAUUUCUUGUAUUGGUUUAAGGGCUAAGCUUAGGUUUUUACACUUCCUUAUUGAUGGGUGACGGGUCUUCGUCCUCUGCUAUUAUGUCCUGUCGAGUUUUUAAAGUGACUGAUGUCUUCUUUGCCCUUUAUGGUUUGCUAAUAUCACAGGGGGGGAACCAAGAUUUAGGAGUGCGUGACAUUUUCCAAAGUGCCAUUGAAUAUCUUCAUUGCAUUUGACAUUAGUCCUGAAUGUUUGUUUCAGUGUGGGCAGCGCCUCACAGUCAGGUCAUGCAUGCACCAUUUUGUCUUCAUUUUCACACCCGAGAGGAGCUUGUAAUCUCACAACAGAGAAGCUUUCCACAAAAUAACUGGGGCAAAGUUACUGUACGGUGUUUUUUAUGUCACAAAAGCUAUUUUCUUUGAGGUGAACUGCACAUUUCUGUUAAAACAUUAGGUGUUCGAUAAGUAACGCUGAAUGUUAAGCUCUUUUGAUACUAUCAGUGGCAUAAAGUCGAUUACCACAGGAAAUCAUUUCAAUUUGUCCCUUAGUUUCUAAUAGUAAAAGUCUAUGGAAAGGCAUCACGGACGGAUUAAAAGCCAAAAUGUGAAGCUCGUAUUUUUGUUCAAGCAUUUCCAUUCAUUUUUCUGUGCAAAUAUGUGUUAUUUGAAAUGUUUUUGCUUGUUUCUAUAAACCGAGAGACAAUUGCAAAAAUGAUUUUCUGUGGUAAAAGGGCAUAACAUUGUUGGCCUUAGUGUUCAUGUACUCUGUGUUUGUAAGUGUCACCUUUUUCUGUGUGUAUUUAUGGGUGUAAAAUGCAGGAAAUUUGUCCGAUAUGCUGGUUUUGAAUAUUUUUAAACCCUCAAUAGGAUAUGCAGAAAAAGUAUAAACCAAAACGUUGGGAUGUAUUGAAUAUUGAAUGAAUAUACAGUUACUGCCACAACUCCAAGCCAAACAUAAAUGUAUUUAAAUAUAGUAUAACAAUUAGGUAUAUGAAUUCAUUUUAACAUUCAAUUCAGUAAUGCACACACAUGUGCCAUGGCUCACACACACACACACACACAUCCUGAUCAGUCAGUGAGUGCAAUGAAGGACCGAGAGGAAGUCAAAAACGAUGUGUAUUCACGAUGUUUCAGUUUAAUUCGAUCAUCACUGUCGUCUGUCUGUGUCCAGAGCAAAUCACUCUGUGUGUCCGAAGGCUUUGUAAAUAGACUGUGAUUGUGACGUGUCUAUCAUGUUGUCCCUGAGAAGAUGUUAGUGUACGUUUCUCAUCUCGUUCUCUAAACACUGCCUUUCUCUGCAGUUGUCGGCCACACACUGACUGUAACACACACAGAUGUAUAUUCACAAACUCGUGUCUCUUGCCGUAUGUUGUUCGGAUAAAAUCACGUUUCUAUUGUACAAACUUCAGUCUGCACUUCACACGAGCAACAUGCUAAAUAUUUAACGAUGAUCGGUUGUGAUGCAAUCUUUUCCCAACAUUUGUUUUUUUCGUUUUUUUUUACCAACUCAGGCGUCACUUUUGCCUCUUACGAUGAAAAAGCUGUGACUGACAAGUGUCUGUGCUACCCAGUGACUGUGCAGUUUUAAACUUGUCCCUUGAAUGUCGACUUAUUUACAGACUAAGAAAGAAAAUACAUUGCAACUGCAUCGAAUGAUUUUAUAAACAAUUGCAAGCAUGUUAAAUGCGCUUUCCGAUUCAACUGAUUGUUUGCGUAUUUUCAAAAGUCCUCACCAUGUAACUAUAUGUAUGGAGAAAUAUGUCUGUAUCUAUAUGAAUAUAUAUUUAAAAAAAAUGCAACUCUUGCAAUGCAGGCCUUGUGAUCUCUGCAUCUCUGACACAACCUGUCCGAAAUAAAAGUUGCCCAGUGAAAUGUGAAUUAUAUACUCAUAUGCAUGUGACAAUGAUGAUCAUAUUUUGGGAGUGGCAUACGAAUACUAACUUUACUGUGACGUGAUCUUCUGUUGAUAUGGGGCUUGUAUAUCCAAUGCCUUUGACAAUCAUCUGCACAUAUCAGAGUUUAUAUUCCAUGCUGUUAAGCAAUGGGGAAUGAAUGAUUGUUUUGGGUUUCUUUUUUUUUCUUUCUUUCCUUUUUCCUUAAAUAAAUCCUGAAUGAUCAUGA